AUGCAUGUCGCAGCGCUCCUCGGGGCGGUCGUCGCCCUCCCUUACGCCUCUGCGACCAUCUUCAUCCCAAAGUGGUCCAGCUGCCUUGGCUCUUACCAGCCGGUAGCACCGCAGGAAUACCAGCUGCAGGUCCAGGAUGUGCUGGUAACCAUCGUACCAGGACACCAGGCUGCGCGCCAGAACCUCGUCGGCAACCAAGAUGAUGUCUUGCGCAUCGACGUUCUUGGCAGUACAGCCACCAACCUCCGGGGGUACAAUGAAACAAGUGGGAAACUAUCGACCCUCUUCACGACCACAACAGAGGCCGGGAUCAUGCAAUACACGUCCAUGUCCUAUGUCUGUAACUCAUUGUGGCCUGCGAACGCGUCGGCACCCAACGAUGGCCCUAACAACUACUGCCCCAUUGACAUCGGCUUUCCGACGGGCGGCUACGGCCUCAACGUCUCGGUCCCCCUCUACAACGUCCACGCCCUCGCGACUUUACAUACGGAGAUCCACGUAGUGGACGCGAGUGAUCCUGCGCUCUCUAUUCUUUGCCUCGAUGUCCGUGUCGUGCCGUACGAGGAGAACUCGUGGCCGUACCAGGUCUUCCUAUGGGUGCCUGCCGCCAUCGCCAUUGCGUAUUGGAUCGUCACCUGGGCCGCGCGUUUCGCUGCGGGAUGGGUGAUCGGGCUCGACCGGAACGACCAGGCGCAGCGCGAAGCACACAUGCUCAAGUGGGGAACGAUGCUUAUUUCUGGUCUAAGUGGCGAGCGUCUGGGAGCCAGUGCUGCCCUUCUCCGCUUCGUUACCCCUAGCCUGCGCGACAUCAUCCACCACAUCCAGUUUGUCACCAUGCUUGGCAUGAUCAGAGUCAACUGGCCAGGCUUCUUUUACCCAAUUGUCACGCGGAGUGCGUGGGCUAAUCUAGUCUGGAACGUCACCAUCGUUUCGGAUGAACAUCCCUCUGUUUACCCCACCAACUGGUCUGCACCCGACAACAUGAAGAGUCACAUCACCGACCCGCAGCAUGCACUAUACCUGAACGAAUCCGCCAAACCCCGACUGUUGGACCUCGACAGGACUCGCGAUGGCAUGCUGUCGUGGGCGCGCAUGGUCGGCCUGCGCCCGCAGGACCUCUUUGGCACCUGCCUCACGCUGUUCCUCAUGCUGGCUGCCGUCAUCGUCGUAUUCAGCCUGCUCAUGUGGCUCAUCCACUGGCUCACUGAGGCGUUUGGCCCAGAGCCCACCAAGCUGGUGACAACACGCAGCAAGCACAUUCCGCGUCACAGCUCCGGCGGCAUGAGCGCGGCCACCAUGAGCAACAAGGAAUGGAAUCAAUCGGCCGACUUUACGACGCAGCCUGUCGGCGUGCCCUUACGCCAGAACGCGCAGGCCAAGGCGGCCGUGCCAUCGCGCUGGCACCGAACCCGCAAGCGUUUCAUGCCGCGCGGUGAGGCUGGCGCAUUCCACUUCUCGGCGCUGUAUGGCAACCUCCUCCGCCUCAUAAUCACGUUCCACUUCCCCGUCACAGCCUUCUCCAUUUUCCAACUCACCCUCAAGACCGCUUCCGUCGUCUCAAAGGUGUUCGCGGCCCUCGCGUUCGCGUUCAUCUCCGUCCUCAUCCCGACAUUUAUCCUGUUCAAGAUCUCGCGCACCCCCACCGGCAAACUCUACGAAGCAGCACGAACAUUGCUCGCGCUUGGCACUGUGUACAACGUCUACGAACCCGAGAAACAGCUGUAUAGAACACUCCCCUUGUUCGGCAGUCUUGCCAGUGGCAUCGUUAUUGGCGCUGGGCAGAAGAGCGGACUCGCGCAGACCAUCGUCCUCAUCGUUGUCGAGCUCGCGUCUUUCAUUACGACGACAUUCUGGAGCCCGUGGGGCCAGGGUGCGAGCAUGGGCUCAUAUGUCUUUUUCGUCUCCGUUGUGCGCAUUGCGUCGAUUGUCCUGACCAUGGUCAUGUCCAAGGAGGUCAACGCCGGGGGAACCCCAGGCCAGUGGAUCACCUACGUCAUCCUCCUCCUCCAGGCUGUCGUGUUCAUCUUCCUCUUUCUCAUGGUCUUGACGAAGAUUGUCGAAGGACUGAUUCGUCUCUUUGGCCGCUCGCCAUUCGACGAGUCCAACCACCCUAUCGACGGCGGAAUCUUCGCGGCCAUUAUGGACCUCGACUGCCUCAACGGUGUCCGUGGCGGCAAGGCCGCGGCUCGUCGCCGCAGGAAGCGCGACUCGCGGCUACUCCAGCAGAAUGUCUCCGUUGUCGGCUCUCUCACGACCCAGAUGAUGCUCGACCGCCACUCCCAGGGUGUCGAACGCAUGAGCUACCCACUGCUCGACUCGGACCAUGGCCACGGCCGCCGUGGCUCGUACUUCCCAGUCAGCAACCCGGCCGUGUCGCCUGUCAACGAGUUUGGAGGUCGACGUUCGGUGUCAGACCAGGGCAGCAUGCUCACGUUAUCCGACGAGAACCGCGUACCCGAGUCGUGGGCGCCCAUGAACUAUUACGGUAACGCUCAACCGCUGGGGUCCCCGAGCGCUGGGACGACGCCGCUGGGCUCUCCACGCCUGUCUGGCGGCCUCUUUAACGCUGGUGCGCCGUCGAUACGUGUCACGAAGUCGGACGACCAGCACUAUGUGCCAAGGCAUACCCGCGCAUACUCGUCGUCUGCCAUAAUGGAGGAGCUGUCGUCGCCAAGUAUGCAGCCGACAGCCUCGCCACCUAUGCGCUCGUCGUCGACAUCCCCUGGCAUAGGACCCGGUGUGAUGCCGGCGCCAGUGUACCCGCCGACGGCUGGUGCUCGUCACGACCGCACUGGCGGCAGACCACCUCCGUUAACCAUACCUCGCCGCCGGUCGCUCAACAACAUUUCGAUCGAGGCGGAGGAGCAGGACCGCGCCAACGGCCACAAGAGACGCUCUUGGUCCAGCGGCAACUGGUUCGCCAAGUCGAACAGCGGGGUCAACAUCGGGGAAGACUCUGGCUCGGACGACGAGCCUGGCCCGCCCCGCGCUGCUCGGCGUCGCUCACGUCCCGUUCAGGGAGACUUGUUGGAGGAAGCGUAUCAGCAGCCCGCACCGUCGCGUGGAUGGAAGGCGCUGUUCAGUCGAAAGGGCCGGACGAUGGACGAACAGGAGCGAACGGAGAAUUCGGUGCGCAAGGCCGCAGCAAUGAACGUCUCUGGCGCGAUUCUUGCGGGUGUCGACGCCCCGCCUCCACCUCCGGGACCAUCGACGUUCAAAGUUCAGCGCAAGGGCAAGGGCAUCAACAUGGCCGUCAAGCGCAUGCCUCCCACGCGUCCACCGCGUCCUGACAGCGGCGAGAUGACCUUGACGCCCCUGCUGACCGCACCCCCGCCCAGCUUCAAGGUGCGGCGCAAGGGCGACGGGUCUGACCGUUUACCAACACCUAGUGGCUCGAGCAUGUCGCACCUCAUAAAGGAGGAGGACGAGGAGUGUAUCGCGAGCGGCCCUCCCUCCUCGUACCACGAGGCGCGGCAACAUCAGCGCCGGAGCGUCACGUCGUUCGGCUCGAGCGAGUUGCUGCACGACGGCGGCGUGCCAAGUAACGGCCGGCGGAUAAGCCAGGGUCCCUCACCAGCCUCCACGCCUGUGCCAGGCGUAAGCCAAGACGGUCUUGGCUACUCUGCGGCUCUGUUUGUCCCUCUCAACGACCGGAGUUGA